AAUCAAACGAAGCUACAGUGAGGCACCGCCAAGAUCCGAUUGAGAGACGCUCUGUUGUAGUAGCUUAGCCUCGAGUGGAUAGAGAAGCUAACUAGCCGCUAGCUUGUGUGUUGACUGCCCCGGGCUUAAAAAGUGACAAACGGGAACUUACAGUUGUACACUGAAGCUUAACACCCUCGGUCCUUUGGGAUCAUGGCUAAAGAUGCUGGUCUCAUUGAAACAAAUGGAGAGCUAAAGGUUUUUAUUGAUCAGAAUCUGAGUCCUAGUAAAGGUGUCCUGUCCUUGGUUACUGUUCAGCCCACAGCUACCCCUGUGGCCAAGCAAUUACUACCUAAAACACUUGGGCCGUCAAAUGUAAACAUCGCUGCACAUAUGCCACAUAUUCCACACAUGGUAAUUGGAACACCACAGAGGCCAACUGUAUCCAACGCAAUAUUGGUAAACAGUCCACAUACUCCCAGCUCUCAGUUUCUUACACAGAGCCAACCACCAGAUGCCUCUCCCUGGUCAUCUGGUAAACGUGGUAAGAAAGGAGAGAAGAAUGGCAAAGGCCUGAGGCACUUCUCUAUGAAAGUCUGUGAAAAAGUUCAGAAGAAAGGAGUCACAACCUAUAAUGAAGUGGCUGAUGAACUUGUUGCAGAAUUCAGCUCUGCUGCAGACAACCACAUGUCACCCAAUGACGCACAUGUGUAUGACCAGAAAAACAUUCGGCGGCGUGUGUAUGAUGCACUCAAUGUGCUGAUGGCCAUGAACAUUAUCUCUAAAGAGAAGAAAGAAAUCAAAUGGAUUGGGUUGCCCACUAACUCAGCUCAGGAGUGCCAAAACCUUGAGGUAGAGAGGCAAAGACGGCUGGAAAGGAUUAAACAAAAACAGUCACAGCUUCAAGAGCUCAUUCUACAGCAAAUAGCUUUCAAAAACUUGGUGCAACGGAACAGACAGACUGAACAACAGGCAAAUAGACCUCCACCUCCAAAUUCAAUUAUACAUCUUCCAUUUAUUAUUGUCAACACCAGCAAGAAGACCGUGAUUGACUGUAGCAUUUCCAAUGACAAGUUUGAGUAUUUGUUCAAUUUUGAUAGCAUGUUUGAGAUCCACGAUGACAUUGAGGUGUUAAAACGUAUGGGUAUGGCUUGUGGCUUGGAAGUGGGAAAAUGUUCUCCAGAAGACUUGAAAGUUGCGCGCAGCUUGGUGCCAAAAGCUCUGGAACCUUAUGUUAUUGAAAUGGCAAAGGGUCCCAUUAGUAAUGUUUACAUGACUGGUGGAUCUUCUGCUAAUGGAGCCCGAUACCCUGCUAGCAGUGAUGGCUGUACUGAUGGCACCAUGGCUUCAAGCUCUAAUGACUCUCACUACAGCGGCUCUCGUGUGGAGACUCCGGUGUCUUACAUGGGGGAUGAUGAUGAUGAGGAUGAGUAUGAUGAGAAUGACGAUGAAGACUAACCUGUCUACACCUCUCGGCUCCAACAAGCACAGUCCUUAAAGUCACCUUCACUAUGGGAAAUAUGUCCCCUUUCCCCAGUUUUCAAUGCCUGCAUUUCUGGUUUACUCAGGGGUGAGGUUCAGUAGAAAGAAAAAAACAGGUGUGUAAUGCGCCCUUACUUCUGCGUUUGCGUCAUAAGCACCUGAACCAUCCUAUUGAGAUGUUGAAGGGAACUGUUGAUCAACAAACUGUAUGUCCAGUCUGUGUCUUGAUAAGCCAUCCCACUAGAACCACCUGUAAAAUGUACUGCUGUUGGAGAAUGUGUAAUGUAUGUUGUGGAAUUUCUGUGUUGCGAUGAACGUGUGGCUGACCUAAUGAUCAAAAGUUGUGGGAUGGCCCAAUUUUCUGCUUUAACAUGCUGAUGACGCCACACCAAGGACUCUGGUUAUCCUAUAGCUCUCAUACCAUCCAAGGAUGUGGCUACACCAUUUUGUCAAUAGAUUUUUGUUUGUGUUCCUGCAAAACUUAGAAAUGAUUUCUUAACUCUCAUUAUGUUGGCCCGGCUUCUGUUCUGUAGGCAGCUGCUUUCAUGUUUGUUAGAUUUGUUUUGUUGUAUUAAGUCAAGGAAGUUUCCUACAUUAUCCUGCAAUGCCUUGGUAGUGUUUACAUAAUGAUGGCACCAGCAAGGUAAACCCCUCAUAACACAGGUUUUUGAUAGGUAAAUAAGCUUUGUUUAUUACGUGUAAGAAUUCUAUGACAAUUGUAGUGUAGAGUAUCCUGUAGAGGCCAGUGGUAAAAUAGACCUACCAAAACAAAACUGUUGUAACAAACAAUCCCUUUUAAAUUGAGCAACGUGUACUGACUCUUCCAAAUACUUUUUGUGUAAUCUAAUAUAAGUUUGCAAAUUAAAUAUAGAUUGUUUUAA